CCCCAAUGCGCUACGUAACGUGUCACUGCGCAGGACGGGAUCUCGCGUGAUGAGAGUGGCGGUGCGGGGAUUGUGUGUAGGACAGGAGGCAAGGAAUUUGCACUUAGCUGCUGUGCGGGAGGUCAGAUAAGUCAUGGAAGAAGCAAGUGUCUCUCCCCUAAAGCACUUUGUGCUAGCCAAGAAGAGCAUUACGUCUAUCUUUGACCAGUUGGUGGAGUAUGUCAGUGAAGGCGUAACCUUUGUAGAAGAAACAUUCCAGAACCCAGAGCUAAAGAAUGUGAGUACAGAGGAUGAUGUUAAUAAGGUUAAGGCAUCUAAGACUAAACUAGCUGGCAUUGGGGAGGUUCUCGCCCGCAGGAAUAUGAAGGUGGCUUUUUUUGGCAGAACAAGUAGUGGCAAGAGCACAGUGAUAAACUCUAUGCUGUGGGACAAAGUGCUGCCCAGUGGUAUUGGACACACUACCAACUGCUUCCUUAGCGUGGAAGGUACAGAAGGAGACAAGGCCUAUCUGAUGACAGAGGGUUCAGAGGAAAAGAAAAGUGUAAAGACUGUUAAUCAGCUUGCACAUGCUCUGCACAUGGACAAAGACUUGGGAGCUGGCUGUCUUGUUCAUGUGUUCUGGCCAAAAGCAAAAUGUGCUCUGCUUCGAGAUGACUUAGUCCUUGUAGACAGUCCAGGAACAGAUGUGACAACAGAGCUAGACAGCUGGAUUGAUAAAUUCUGCUUGGACGCCGAUGUCUUUGUUCUGGUAGCAAAUUCAGAGUCUACUCUCAUGAACACGGAGAAACAUUUUUUCUAUAAGGUCAAUGAGAAACUUUCUAAGCCUAAUAUAUUCAUCCUUAAUAAUCGCUGGGAUGCCUCUGCGUCUGAACCAGAGUAUAUGGAAGAUGUACGUAAACAACACAUGGAACGUUGCCAGUCGUUUCUUGUGGAUGAACUGAAAGUAGUGGAUUCCUUAGAGGCACAAAAGCGCAUCUUUUUUGUUUCAGCUAAGGAAGUCCUGAAUGCCAGAAUGCACAAGGCACAAGGGAUGCCAGAAGCCGGUGCUGCGCUUGCUGAAGGGUUUCACACCAGAUUCUUGGAAUUCCAGAAAUUUGAAAAGCUAUUUGAGGAAUGUAUCUCGCAGUCAGCAGUGAAAACAAAGUUUGAGCAGCACACUAUCACAGCUAAACAAAUUACUGAUACCGUCAAAGCUAUUAUGGAUGCUAUAAACAUCAAGGCUGCAGACAAAAGGGUACGGUGUAUGGUAGAAAGAGAGAAUCAGAAUGACAGGCUUGAGUAUGUGAAGACACAAAUGCUGAUCCUAACGGAGGAAAUUGAGAAAAGGAUUCUGCAUAUCACAAAGGAAGUGAAUGAACAGGUCUCUAGUGCCAUGAUGGAUGAGAUAUAUCAUCUUUCCCUUCUGGUUGACAAGUUUGACGCUGAGUUCCACCCAUCUCUGUCCGUUCUGAAGCUUUACAAGAACGAACUGAAUUUGCACAUAGAAAAUGGCAUGGGCAGAAAACUGGCCGAUCGCUGUUCCAAUGCAGUGAACAUGUCCAUCCAGAAAGCACAAGAAGACAUCAUAGACAAGCUGAUGCCUUUACUGCCGCCCUCUGUCCAAGAUCAGACUACUAUAUCUCUGCCAUGUAAAAAGUUUGACCUUAGCUACAACAUCAACUGUGAAAAGCUGUGCAGUGAUUUCCAGGAAGACGUUGAGUUUCGCUUUUCUUUUGGUUUGACGUCACUUGCUAAUCGGUUCCUUGGCUGUAAAACCAGCCACCUUUUAUUAGGCUUUGCAGAACCAAUGUUUCAGAUUCCCCGGCCUGUAAGUACCCCUUCAGCAACAGGGAAUCCAGUUUUACCCCCUCAACCUGCAUCUCAAGAGGAACUCAUGCUUUCUGUCAUGUCCGGAUUGGCAUCUCUAACAUCAAGGGGUUCAAUGAGUGUCAUCAUAGUUGGGGGAGUGAUCUGGAGGACUGUUGGUUGGAGGUUGAUCUCUGGAAUGAUGUUGGCCUAUGGUGGUUUAUACCUGUAUGAACGUCUGACAUGGACAACAAGAGCAAAAGAGAGAGCCUUUAAAAAGCAGUUUGUGAAUUAUGCUGCUCAAAAACUGAAGUUGAUCGUCAGCUUCACCAGUGCCAACUGCAGUCAGCAAGUUCAGAAGGAGCUGGACAACACUUUUAAACGAUUAUGUCAGCAAGUAGAUGUAACGGAAAGAGACCUAGCAGAGUCAAUAGACAAACUGUCUGAAGAAAUACAUCAGCUAGAGCAAAUCCAGAGUAACUCCAAAGCACUCAGAAACAGAGCAUCACGAAUUGAAGGAGAACUGAGAAAUUUUGCAAAGAGCUUUCUACCUCAGAAUAAGUAAUCCUGUGGAUCUUUGUACAGAUGAUGGUAUCCAUUCAGCAGAAACUGCCUCCCCAAAGAGUGGAUAUUGUACAGACUUGGACACUUUGCUGUCAUUAAGUGUUAAUGCAAAAGAGGAAUUUAUAUAUUUAUAUUUUGGCAAAUAAAAAUGUAUUUUUGUGUAUAGGCAACAGACGAACAGCUCUGUUUUAAGCAAAAAAUGAAAAUUUAUAGAAGUGAAACCUUUAUACUAUAAAAGUAUAUUACUGGCAUUGUAUUAUGUUCUGUGCCACUGCUUGGGAAGCCCUUCAGCUUAUCAAUGUGUGUUAGGUUCUGACAGUGCCAGAGGCUGCUAUAUUGUACAGGUAGGGUGCUGCUGGCAGAAUGGGAAAUGGCAUAAUGUUCAGACCUAUUUAUCUUUGCCUGUUAGGAGCUACAGGCUGGAGAGCACUAUUAUAACUGGGGUCCUGCCCCGCACCUUGGUUUUGCAACCAUUUGUGUUUUGGAGUGUUAGGAGUUACUUUUCAUUACCUCUUCUGAGACAUUACACUACAUUAGUUUCUCCUUGCUAAAUGCUGUGGUUUUAUUUCGCAUGAUAAUCUAGCAGAUUAAAAUUCUACCUCUCUCCUUUGGAGAAGGCCCUGACUGCUAUUAGUGGAUACUGGCAUAUGAUAGCUCUCCUGCAGUCCUGUCUAUGGAACAAGCCACAUGCGCAUGUUUUUAACUGCAAAUAAAUGAGGAAGCCCAGGUAUGUGCAGGAACACUUAGCGCCUCUCCAUCCUUGCUGCCUAUCCCUCUCCCUGUUGCCCAUCUCUUCAGCUGCUUUGGGUAAGUGCCUGGUCUUCAUUCAAAGUGAAAAAAAUAAAUCCAAUGGGAAAAGUAUUUCUUUUGCAAAGUUCUAUUACUCUGGUUGGACUUUGUACGGGCAUAGUUGAGGUGAAUACCAUAAUGGGAAUUAAUAGCAGUCAAUGCCACACACUGACACCUCACUAACCAAUCGCCUGCUGUCAUGUGGUACAAUGAAGGAAACAAACGGGCCCAAUAACCAGUAUCUGUUGCUGGCUGUCCAAUAGGAAUGAAGGAUCAGUAGGGAAAAAAAAAAAAAUAUAUAUAUACAUACAUACAUACACACACACACACACACACACACACACACACACACACACAUAUAUUUAGUGGAUUGCUGAGAAGUGUAGUGUGAUAUGAAUCCAAUGCAGUCAGGGACAUGAUUGGCAUAUAUUCCCUGACAGCUGUUUUAGUUAUUUCAUGAAUUUCUGCAAAAUCCCCUCUCCAGCACAGAACCACUAAUAUUCUUAAGAGCAUGCAAUUUAAAGCAAUGAGAAAAUGCAGUUCCAGCCUGUCCUCUGCAUAUUUAAUGACUGGCAUGCAAGACUCAGGUUAUUGAUAUUUAUAUGGCGCUGACCUAUUCGCCUAUUUAUGAGUUCUUACAUAAACGAUUUCUAUUUGUAAUAAUAAAUCUGUGAGCAUGGUUUGGAAAUGGUUAAAGCUCUUUUAUAUAUUUUAUUGGAAUAUGAUCAUUUUUAAACAGCAUUUAUAAAUAAUAAAAGUCUGAUUCACUGUU